CGGCAGGGUCAGGGCGCUGAGUUCCUCAGGAGCGAGGAUGCAGAUCAAAAUUGACCUCAUUAUCUGCGCUCUUUCCCUUCUGAUGGGUUUCCUGAUGGUCUGCCUGGGAGCCGUCUUCAUUUCCUCUGUCUCCAUUCUGAACUAUCAGGAGAAGCUCAUCCCAGCCUACAUGCUUCUGUCUGUGGGGUUUGUGAUCCUUCUGAGUGGAGUUGUCUGGAGCACCUACUGCCAGGCGAGGGAAAGCAAAAAGGUGUUCAGUCACGUGCUGGGACAACACCUUGCCCGUGGGGCCCCAACCCUGGCCACGGUGGACAGGCCAGACUUUUACCCUCCAGCGUAUGCAGAGAGCCUUGGUGCGGAGAAACAGACGUGUCCUGUGGAGGGAGAGGCCUGCGGCAUUCCUCCGCCUCUCUAUACAGAGACGCGCCUGGAAUUCCAGGAUGAAAAUGACGCCCACCCAGAAGCCCCUCCGUCCUAUGCGGAGGGCAGCGCCUGCAGCCAACCUGGCGGCUGCAGCGACCUUGGAGGAUGCUGAGCGGCAAAGCUGAGGAAGGCUGGAAAGCUCUCCGGCUCUCGGGGUGCACCCUAUCAGAAUCACCUGCUAAUCAAUCACAAAGGCAGGCAAGGGACUGUGGGAGCCAAAGCCACAUCAGGGA